ACCGCAUGUCAUUUACUCCGAAGCGCCUGUCAACACGACAUGCUUUUGUUAUCGCUGCGUAGUGAAUAUUUUUCUCGUAUAAUCUAAACCUUCUGUAGGAAUAGCCCUUGUUUUUCAUUUAUUAGUGUUAAGAGAAGUCGCCUUCUGCACCAGUGAGUGUAAAGGCUAGACUUUCACAAGGUUUCGUACGUUGCGGUACUGCUGAAAAAUCUUUUUUUGUCGUCAAAUUAUCUGUGAUUUUUGUAGAUUUAAAAUGAAGGCUGUACUUUUCGCCGUCGCUGCCCUACUGGCUGUUUGCAUCCCCAUUUCUGCGAAACAAUGCAAUGUAAACCCGGUGAACAUUCCGAAAGGAUGGAUAACGAUGCAGCAGAGCUGUCGCGGCAGCAUGCGCCGUCAGAUUCAGACUGAAGUUGGCGCGUCGCUGCAGUAUCUUGCUAUGGGAGCUCAUUUCUCUAGAGAUGGGAUCAAUCGACCAGGUUUCGCGAAGUUAUUCUUCGAUGCAGCGUCUGAAGAGAGGGAGCAUGCGAUGAAGUUAAUUGAUUAUUUGCUUAUGAGAGGUGAACUGGAAACUGAUGUCACUUCGCUGAUACAGAUUAGGGCCCCUGAACGUAAAUCUUGGGAGAGCGGCGUGGACGCGCUUGAGCACGCUCUGAAAAUGGAAACCGAAGUGACGAAGAGCAUUCGGUCUGUCAUCAUCGCUUGCGAGUCCGAUCCUAAGUUCAACGACUACCAUCUCGUGGACUACCUGACUGGUGAAUUCUUGGAAGAACAAUACAAGGGCCAGAGAGACCUCGCGGGCAAAGCGUCUACACUCAAGAAGAUGCUCGACCGCCACUCCUCACUCGGAGAGUUCCUUUUCGAUAAGAAACUCCUUGGAAUGGAUAUUUAAAAAAAUAUUUAACAUUCAAAUUAAAUUCAUUAAAUAAAAAAUUCUGAUUUAUAUUGCAACACCAAUUGUCUAUGUUUAGUAAACUCAAUAUCUGCAAUACCUUUGCCUUUUCUCUAAAAAAAAACAACGCAUAUAUUUCAAUUAGUAUGAAACGCAUUUAGACAUUGUACAAAAAAAAACAAUUAAUUAGAUUGUAAGUAGUGUUUACUCCACUAUUAUGUGAUACGAAUAAGUAAUAUAGAAAGUAGCCAUCUUUUUUCCAACUUGUCAAUUUUGGCGCGUCUUUAUCUGUCAUAGACGCUUAUAUUUAUUGUUAUAAUAAAAAUUAUCCCAAACUUUUGUAGUUACGUCGGAUUGAAUUUUUGUUUAUUUUUUUUCUUAUAAUAAAU